UUUUUUAAUGGUCUAGAUUCCAGCAACUGGUUAUAUUAGUUAUUGUAGGGGCUACGUUUCAUAUGGUUGGUACAGUAGGUUGGCAACACGUGUAUGUGUGGCAAGGUUUUUACCACUAUGGACCCGGGUGGUCACCCAUUUGGGAACUAGUGGCAGCGGCCGUUGCUUACUCUCAAUCGCGUCCGUGUGAUUGAUUUCAGCCACUGCGCCGCGCCGAGCCACAACAUACAAUUAUAUUAUAUAAUAUAUGUUAACCAAACACAUUUAAUAAUUAUAACAUAUUUUUAAAAUUCAACCAUAGAUUUAACAGAAGUAAAUAAUAUGUAAAUUACUGUAAAAUACACAUUUCUGUCACUGCCGCCGAAUAAUAAUAAUAAUAAACAAUAAUAUAAUAAAUUGAACGAACAUCAGCCGCAAUCCGCGCGUCGAUACGUCGUACGAUAAUAAUUUAGUAAGUCCUGUGCGACAUAUCAAGUCGAUCGGUCGAGUAUAUUAUUUCGCACCCCUAAAAUAUAUCAUAAAUAAAUCACAAUGUUAUAUUAUGUCAUAAUGUAGCCGGUGAUAAAUUUCAGCGUUGAACGCGCGCGGGAAGAAGGCGUAUAGUAAUAAUAAUAAUAAUAAUAAUAUAUAGGACGCGUUUGGACGCUCCGAACGAAUUCGCGUAUUUGUAUUGUACCCUUAGCUGACAGGUGAAUAUAAUAUAAUUGUCGUAUAAAGAGGAUAAACCGCGCGGUUAAUGGUUUAUCGUACAACACGACACUUAAACACUCAAUAUUGUCGUAUUAUUAUUAUUACAGUCGUACAAGAGUGCAACGUUGCGACGCACCCCGUUUUGUCACGAUAACAUAUUAUUAUUAUUAUGCGGCCGCGUCAAUUAGUCUGGUCGUGCGAUAACGCGUGCACGGUGUAUACACGCACAAUGCACGCGUGUUCGUAUAAUAUAAUAUAGGUAUAAUAAUCUAUUAUGUAGUACCUAUAUAUACAUAAUGUAUUAUAAUAUAGUACGCUGUGCCGUAUACGAUGUGAAAGUUCACGGAACGGCGGCGGCGGUGCAGUUAUAUAAUUGCGUUACGGCGGCCCGGGGGUUAAGCCGGCCGUCGUUGGUCGCCUUUCAACCUUUCUUCUUUCUUCAUCGUCACAAUAAUAAUAAUAAUAAUAAUAAUAUUUUAACACGCGCGCGAAUAUAAUACUAUACAGUACAUCAUAAUAAUAAUAUGCGUAUUAUAUUAUAUUAUUAUUAUUGUUGUCAGGACCGCGAGAAACUCUGUUAUAGGCGUUGCACAGCUGUUGCGGACGCACUAUAAAACAUUAUAAUGUACGCCUAAAUGAUAACAACAAUGCGUGCGACGUUGUGUUGUGCACGUACGCGUAUUUAUGAUUUAUACCGAUCGCGAUCGCACUCGGGGGCGGUACCGCGAAGAUCGAAACUCGCGGCUACGUGGCUCGCAGCGGCUCGAAAGGGUCUAAGAAAAUAAUAUAAUUAAUAAAUUACAAUGACUGCAUUAUGGCAAUAUGACACUACUACCACGGAGCUCGAGGGAGCCGCGGCCAAAUGAUGUAUGAUACUGACUCGGAGUGCGGCAACGCCGCACCGCUGACGCUGCAUUAUGGUAACCACCACGUGUACCUGAUGGCGGAAAUCCAGCAGGCCGGAGACGAGCACUCGGACAUGGAGCUGAUGUGUGAGCAGGGCGCCACCAUCCGAGCCCACUCGCUGGUGCUGGCUUCCGUCAGUCCGCUUGUCCGGAGGUUGCUCAAGGAGGACAACGUGUGCAUGUACCACAACCUGGUGCUCCAGUUCCCGGAGAUCAAGGAGUCGCAUAUGAAGACGGUGCUGGACUUUAUUUACACCGGACAGGCCAGCGUGUUGGAAAACGAAUUCGGCGAGGUGGUCAGCCUGUUGAACUUGUUGGAGAUUCGGUCGGACACUUGGCAGCGGGCCAUGUACGAAUCGACGUCGCCUUCGUCGCCGCCACCACCUGGACAACCACCGUCAGCUGCGUCAUCGGACGUUUCUACAAGGACGGACCCGGAGAACCUGUCGCCAGCGUCCCGUUGUGAUGUUCACCCCAAAAAGCGGCGGAGACGGUCAUCCGUGCCCGUAAACCUGUCCAUCGACACGAAAAAUGAAGAGGACACGUCUAUCUCCCAAUCCAACUGGCGGGUAUCCAAGUUCGAGGAGAGCCAUCGGAAAUUGAGGCGGCGAAGCAGUUCACCGUUUGACGACUACGCCCACCACCAUGAACGUGACUAUCACCACAACGGUUUCCAACCGUUCCCGAAACGUGAACCGCACUGGGUCGAAACCGAAUACCGAAGUUCGCAGCUUCAAUACAGCUGCGAGGUGAACUUACCGUACAUGGACCCCGCGGAACCAAACUUAGACCCCGAAACCGAAGAGACGAACGACUCAGACAGUAAGGACGCGAGGCUGAACCCCGCCGACUACGUGGUGACUCCGAGGAAACGAAAGAAACAGCCCGGGUUUCAGAACUCUCCAGCCCAGAAUCCACCGUUCGUGCCCAUGUACUUCCACGAGAUGGCGUUCAGGCACCAGAAGAUCACACAGUCGCUCAGCUCGUUCGUGCACCACCCAUUCGGGUCCACGGCACAACAACCUCUGACCCUGCCACGGACUACUGACGACGGCGGCCGGGACACGCCACUGCCCAGGACACCCAUCUACAUGGGUCGGUCCAGAUCUCAGGACUCUGGCGUGUACAGACCGCCACCGCCACCGCCCCCACUGCACCCACCACCACCACCACCGCCGGACAACGACUGCAGUCCACCGCCUCCGUCAGGACAACCAACGCAGUCUUCAUCGUUCGGCGGUUUUCCUGAGAACGGGUCACCCUGGAAACCAUCGUCCGACGUGAAACCGAUAACGCUGCAGCCGUGCACGGCGUCGUCCGAAUCGGCGGUGGAAGUGCAGCACCACCACCAGCCGCACCAGCACAGCUCGCCGGCGUCCGUGGCCGGACCGGCGUCCGCGGCGUCGUCGUCCGACACGGAAGACAAGUCGUCGGGCUGCGUGGGCGGCGCGGGCCGCGAGUACAAGUGCACGUACUGUGGCAAGCAGUUCGGCAUGAGCUGGAACCUGAAAACGCACCUUCGCGUGCACACGGGCGAGAAGCCGUUCGCGUGCCGCCUGUGCGUGGCCAUGUUCAAGCAGAAGGCUCACCUGCUCAAGCACCUGUGCUCGGUGCACAGGAACGUGAUAUCACCCGGCACCAGCGCCGCCGACCAGGAGACGGCGGCCGCGUUCAACUGCUGCUUCUGUCAGAUGACGUUCGACACGCUCCAGCAGCUGGUCCGCCACUUUUCCGGGCCACACAACAACCUGCUGCUCACCAAGAACCUGAAUGCCUGACGCGCUGGCCGCCAACCACCGCCCUAACUUUUUUCUCUCCGGGUGGCUAUGUCCUGUCUCGCCAAUUUUUCUAAUAUUAAUGAUACAUUACAAUGUAAUACAUUUUUCUGUGGAUAAGACGUGUACCUCUGUUAUACAGCAUUUUUUUAUCAUUAUUAUUAUUAUUAUUAUUAUGUACAAAAAAAACCGUUUUUCGUAAUUUUUACUAGCUGUUAUCGUAUUAUUAUUAUUAUCAUUAUUAUCAUUGUUACUGUUCUCGUCGUUGUUAUUGUUAGAAUUCAGAGCGUACAAAUAUUCAUCCGGAAAGUUAUUUUCAGCCGGUCGUGAUCUGUUUGUACUUUUGGCGUGUGACGCCACUCACCCACGCCAUCAUUGGCAUCAUUCGUUUAGAGGUGCGUUUAUGCAUUCCAACGUGUCUCGCAAACCUAUUAUAAAAUAUAAUAUCUUAAUUCAGUGUAAUAUGUCAUAUUCUCUUCGUCGGAGGAGUCGUGGUAAAAAACUUCGAAAAAUUCAUGACAUUGUCCAAAAGUGUUCAUCAUAUUAUAAUUUAUUGCGAACGUUUUCUGAUUGUAUAAUUAUUAUUGUAUACACUUCCUACGUGUUACUAAUAUUUAUAUAGAGUUAAAUUGCGAGCUCCGAAUCACGUAUAUUCGUCGUAGGUACUUACGCAUUCCAGUCGCAAUGAAGUUCGAAAAAUAUCAACAACAAUGACAACAACGACGAUGACAACGAUUUUGUUAUGGCGAUGUGUGAAAUUCGCGUGGCUAAAUACUAAAUGUAUAGAUACUUAAUUCAUAGGGAAAAUUAAGAUCUCUAGAAAUGAAUAAUAUGAGCGGUAAUAUAUACCUACGUUUAAGUUUAAUUAGAAUAAUUAUAUGAAAAACUACGUCCUAAAUCGAUCGUUACCUUUAUGUUUAUAAAACAAUAAUUUUUUAAUAAUAGUGUAAUAUUUUAACAAAAUUAAAAUAAUAUUAAAUUAUAAAUGACCUAUAUGCGCGCAAAUGCGUGCACUGCAAAGAUUUGACGAUUUUACGCGUUCAAACUGUUGUCGAAUCUCAGCGAUACACUCUGUACAAUGUGUUCUAAGACCGUUCAUUCGACUCUGUUCGGUUCACGAUCACCCCAACGACCGCAACGUCAUUCACGUGAUAUCGACAAAAUAUGUUCACAACGCACUCCCAAACGGGCUUUCGAACUUUACCGUAAGUGAGAUCAUAUUUUAUAAGUCGGACACGAUCUCGGUGCAGGUGUCGUCUGUGCCAAAUCGAUAUAGAUACUUAUUUAAUCUUAGGCGCUUGGCAUAAUGAAUGCCAAACAAAACGUGUAGGUACAUAGUAACGUAAUGUUAUGUAUCGUAAAUAUACAUAAAAUAUGUUGUAAAUAAUAUUAUGUUUUUACGAACGAAAAGUAUGAACAUAAUUUCUAGUAGUUUUACGGUAAUAAUAGUAAAUAGUAAUAAUAAUAGCAUGUGUUGUAAUGUACAUUACACAAUAUAUAAAUUAAAACGCGUAUUAAUAUUAUAAUAUAGUGACGCGUGAUCGAAACUAGUCAUAAUUUAUUCGCUAAGAUGUGUACGAAAUGUAAAAACAAUGAAAUAUUGUGUGUAAAUAUGUACUAUCUAAAUACAACACCAACCGUGUCUGUAAAUAUAAUAUAUAAUGAAUAAACGGUUUACUAAAACUUUUACUUUA